UGUAUAUAUACAAACAAAAAGUCUUCCGUCUUCGUUCCUCAUCAGAAAUUUCCAGGGAGAGAGAGAGAGAGAGAGAGAGAGAGAGAGCGAGAGAGGAAAAGAAGGAGGGAGAGAGAGAGAGAUGGAAGGGUUGCAGAGAUCCGAGGUGUCGUUUAGGAGGCAGGGAUCGUCAGGGCUUGUUUGGGACGACAGGUUCUUGUCAGGUGAGCUGAACAGAAUUAACCAAACAGAGCACAAGGAUGAUGGUGAUGAUGCUAAGGUCAAGCCGAUCAACACCUCCACCGGCUACAGGGCUGGGAAGGUCGCAGCAGCGGAGGAGCCGCCAUCUCCUAGGAUGUCCGCUUGUGGGUUCUGCGGAGCUUUCAGGAAGCCGUCUUCCGCCGCUCAUAAAAGCCGUAAAACAGGGCAAGGAAGGCGUGCUAGAUAGAUGCGCGGCGGCCAGGUGAAAUCUCUCGCUCGACUACUGUUGAAAAUUGUUGGUCUUAGCUACAUGUUGGUUUCAUAGGAUGUGAUGGCUGGGGUAUCGACUCGAGCUAGAACACCAUCCACGAGAGUCACCGGAGACGGAACAUAAGGGAUUAGAUGAGUGCUCUUUCAUGGCAUGGCUUAUGAGGUUAGAUUAGGUUAGCCACCACGUUCUUUUAGUGCUUUCAAAUGUUUAAUUAUUAAAUAUAGUACGUACACAUAUAUAUGUGUGUGUUUUUCUUUGCUCCCUCGUGUUUUUAGAUAUUAUUAGAGAUCGUAAUUUUGAGGAGUGGAUGAAUUUAUGUGAUACCAUGUGGAUAUAUAAUAUUGUACAAAGUCAACGUUUCAAUUCUAUCUUCAUUUUAUCAGUCUA